AGGUUCCGGAGCGGUUCCUGGAGGUGGCUCAGAUCACGAUGCGCGAGUUCUUCAACGCCAUCGUGGCGGGCAAGGACGUCGACCCCUCCUGGAAGAAGGCCAUCUACAAGGUCAUCUGCAAACUGGACGCCGAGGUGCCCGACGUCUUCAAAUCGCCCAACUGCCUGCAGGAGCUUCUCCACGAGUAGACAAACAAACCAACAAACAAACAAACAAACAAACAAACAAACAAACAAGCAAAGAAACAAUCUAAAGAGACAAUACCCCAAACACACACACACACACACACACACACACACACACACACUACUGAAGACAAUACCCUCACCCCAAACACACACAUACAGUACAAACACACACACACACACACACACACACACACUCACACACACACACACACACACACACACACACUACUGAAGACAAUACCCUCACAUGUAGUCUUUUUUCUUUUUCUUUUGUUUUGGACUUGCAUUGGAUUUCCCUCUUAGAGUUUUCCCUCCUCCUGGCCCCCGAGCCCUUUUUGGGAAUGCCUGAGGUAUGAGGUAGCAUUCCUGGUUUUCCUCUUUUCGGAAUGCCUCAGGUAUGAGGUAGCAUUCCUGGUUUUCCUGGUUGUUGUUUUCUCUUCUUUUUGUUGUUGUUGUUGCUGUUGUUUUCUUGCUUUUGUCUCUCCUCUUGCUGGUGUUGCAUCUGAAGAGACUUUACCUGAGGAGUGUGUGUGUGUGUGUGUGUGUGUUUUGUAUCUGAAGAGACUAACUGAGGAGUGUGUGUGUGUUUUGCAUCUGAAGAGACUUUAACUGAGGAGUGUACUGCUGAGUUCCACAGAGGAUGCACUACUGAAGUACACAUACACACACACACACACACACACACACACACACACACACACACACACACUGCUGAAGCAACCACACUGGAGAACACACACACACUGCUAAAGCAACCACACUGGAGCACUUGACACACUUUUAGUACACACACACACACACACACACACUUGAAAGUGACGUUACUGAGCUGGCUAGACGGGUCCAGCCUCUCCUCUGAGGUGGGUCCUGAAGGGCAUUGUGUGUGUGUAGGGUGUCAGAAACAACUGGCUAUUAUGAUACCACAUUCAUGAUGUUGAUUAUUAUUCUUCUUUUAUUGUUAUUAUUAUUAUUAUUAUUAUUAUUAUUAUUAUUAUUAUUGUUAUUAUUGUUACUGUUACUGUUAUUGUUAUUGUUGUGUUGUUACUGUUGCUUUGGUUACGAGUGGCACUUGCGUUUGUCCCAUGAUGACGAAAAUGAAAAUAAAUUAUUAUUCCAUCAAAAACCAACCAUGCAGAGCAGGACUACACACACACACACACACACACACACACUGCUGAAAUGACGCCAUGCAGAGGAGGAUUGUGAGGAGCAGGACUACACACACACACACACACACACACACACACACACACACACACACACACACACACGUGUGUGUUCUCCCUCUUGCCUGUGGUGUGAGUUUGGUCUGAGAACACACUGAAAGAGCUGGUGUGGCCAUGGCAACUGAAGGGGUGGGAGUCUGGCUGGUGAUGCUUGUGUCACAAGUCUUCUCGUCCUUAUAUGACAUGUCAACCCCAUUCACUCAAUCCAGUGUCAAUCCCCAUUCACUCAAUCCAGUGUCAAUCCCGGUUCACUCAUUCCAGUCAAUCCCCAUUCACUCAAUCCAGUGUCAAUCCCCAGUCACUCAAUCCAGUGUCAAUCCCCAUUCACUCAAUCCAGUGUCAAUCCCCAUUCACUCAAUCCAGUGUCAAUCCCCAUUCACUCAAUCCAGUGUCAAUCCUGAUUCACUCAAUCCAGUGUCAAUCCUGAUUCACUCAAUCCAGUGUCAACCCCCAUUCACUCAUUCCAGUGUAAAUCCCCAUUCACUCAAUCCAGUGUCAAUCCCCAUUCACUCAAUCCAGUGUCAAUCCCGGUUCACUCAUUCCAGUGUCAACCCCAUUCACUCAUUCCAGUGUCAAUCCCCAUCCACUCAAUCCAGUGUCAACCCCAUUCACUCAAUCCAGUGUCAACCCCCAUUCACUCAUUCCAGUGUCAAUCCCGAUUCACUCAUUCCAGAGUCAAUCCCCAUUCACUCAUUCCAGAGUCAAUCCUGAGCCAGUCAGUCCCACAUUCCAACAGGUGGA